AGCAACACUAUAAAGGAGGAGCCUUCCAUCAUAUUCUUCAACAAUUUCCUUUCUGACUUGAAACACACUAUUUCAGUGAGAGAAAACAUUGGCCAUGAUCACUUCCAUUUUCACUUAUUUUCUUCUUCUAUUUCUCGUUCACUUAUUUUCUAAUGGAUUUAUAUCCCUCCAAGCAAGCGAAUUUGUUUCCUAUUCAACCAACUUCACAACUUGCUGGGAGAUAGAGAGAAAUGCACUUCUCAAGUUCAAAGAAGGUCUCCAAGAUCCUUCAGGCCGGCUUUCUUCUUGGGUUGGCAAUUAUUGUUGUACAUGGUCAGGUGUUGGCUGCGAUAGGCAAACGGGACAUGUCACGAAGCUUGACCUCGGUAUGCCGCCCAUCAGUUUUAAAAUUAAUGAUCCAAAAGCUUUUGAUUUUCCAUCCUUACAAGGUACGAUAAGUCCUUCAUUGCUUGAUUUGAAAUAUUUAUACUACUUGGAUCUAAGCUGGAACAAUUUUGAACAAACUCCAAUCCCCAACUUCAUUGGUUCAUUCACCAAGUUAGAACACCUUGAUCUCUCUUAUGCAUAUUUUAGUGGCUUGGUUCCUCCCCAUCUUGGAAAUUUGUCAAACUUGCGUUACCUUGAUCUCUCCUCACAAAACUUAGAUCAAGAUACUUUGGUUUCUGAUUUGAGUUGGAUCCAUGGACUCUCUUCGUUGGAACUUCUCAGAUUAAAGAUGGCAAACCUUAGUUUUGCUUCAACCAGUUGGUUGCAAGCUAUAAACAAGCUUCCUUCCUUGAUGGAGUUAGAUUUAUCUUUCUGUGGACUCCAUGAAAUCCCUACCUCUCUUCCAAUUUUGAACUUCAGUUCCAUUCAGAUCAUUCAUCUUUCAUUAAAUCAUUUCAAUUCACCAUUACCUGGUUGGUUGUUCAAUAUCAGUUCUCUUGUUGAGCUUGACUUGUCUUCUAAUGGCUUUACUGGACAAAUAACUCCAUCUGUACAAAAUCUUAAUAACAUGAGGGAUCUUGUACUGCAUGAAAAUGAUCUCUCGGGUCCGCUUCCAAUUUCUAUUGGAAACUUAUCAUCCUUGGAGACAUUAUUUCUCUCUUCCAACCAAUUGAAUGGAACAAUUCCUAAAACCAUUGGACAAUUGAAGAAGUUGAUUAUGCUAGCUCUUAGUUCUAAUAACUGGGGAGGUGUCGUGUCUAGAAUUCAUUUUCUCCACCUAAACAAUAUGAAGGUUUUUCUAUUAUCCUCCAUCAAAGAAAAGUCACUAGUAUUUGAUGUGGGAUAUGACUGGAUUCCUCCUUUCAGUCUAAAUUUAAUCUUCAUUAAAAAUUGUCAAAUGAAUUCCAAAUUUCCUAUAUGGCUACAAACUCAGAAGGAACUGAAGAUUGUUGAGCUUAUUGAGGUCGGAAUUUCAGGUUAUGUACCUGAUUGGUUCUGGAAACUGAGUCCACAAAUGGAGACGUUAUCUCUUCACAAUAACAAAUUGUGUGGAGAGCUUCCAAGAUCCUUACAAUUUCAUCCACAUUCUUUGGUAGACCUCAGUUUCAAUUUAUUUGAAGGACCAGUUCCACUAUUUUCUGGUGUCAACAUGCUCAGUUUGAAAAACAACUCACUCUCAGGACCAAUUCCAGCAAAUUUUGUCAAUGCCAUGCUACAUUUAGCAUUUAUGGAUCUUUCUGAGAACUACUUCAAUGGCAGCAUUCCUUCUUCAAUAAAUAAGUUGGAGAAGUUACAAGUUCUAUUGCUAGAAAAUAAUGAACUUUCUGGAAAGAUUCCUUCAAUGAAUAGAUUGAACAAGUUAUGGACAUUAGACCUUUCAAAUAACAAUUUAUUUGGCAACAUUCCAUGCUCCUUGUGCUCACAGUCACCUCUUAUUCAUUUGAAAUUGAAUGGCAACAAUUUUUAUGGAAAGCUUUCAUCCUUGCGAAACUGCACAAACUUAGGGACACUUGGUCUUGCAAAUAAUCAAUUUCAUGGAGGCAUUCCAAGAUGGAUUGGAGAAACUCUAUCUUGUUUAUCAAUACUACAGUUACGAGGAAACAUGUUUAGGGGAAAGAUACCAAAAAGUUUGUGCAGUCUUCCUUUACUCCAUGUUAUGGAUCUAGGGCAGAAUAAUUUUUCAGGAUCAAUUCCACCAUGUCUAGGCAAUUUAAGUAGCCUGUAUCAGUCGAAAAAUGAUACUUCUGUAUUUGCUGCUGUUGCUACUGAUGCUGUUGCUACUAAUGUUAUUACUAUUGCCACUACUGUUGCCACUAUUGUUACUGGUGGUAAGGAGGGUGUUGUUGCUGCUGCUAUUGCUUUUGAGGGGCUUAUGCCUCUCAUUGAUGAAAUGCGGGACAUGGAAUUUAAUGUUAAAGGACAAACACUUGAAUUUGUUAAGAUAAUUGAUCUCGUGAAUUUGAUAGAUUUAUCAAGUAAUAAUCUUGAAGGGGAAAUUCCAGAGGAGAUAAUGAAGCUUUCUGCCUUGGGUACAUUGAACUUAUCUCGGAAUCAAUUGACAGGAAACAUCCCUGAGAAGAUUGGAGACUUGCAGUUGUUAGAAACUCUUGACCUCUCAGUCAACCAUCUUUCAGCCAUGAGAUGUGCAGUUUCUACUUAGGAGGCUUUGAAUUAUGAAGUCAAAUCAGUUUGGUGGAUGUUUAUCUUGUGUUUCCAAUAAUAAUAGAGUUUAUUACUU